CCAGGCAUGUUUACACCUCACCUGCACUGACAGACAGGCACACAGCGACCACACUGACUGGGAAAACCUAUUGUUUCAAACCGAGAGAAGAAGCAGUCGUCAGAGGUAAUUAUUCAGCCGACGUUUACUAAGACUUGCUCCACGCAGCCUCUGCCCAUCUGUAUCCCAGGAGGGAAGCUACAUCCUCGGCUACAGGAAGCCAUCCCUCUGGCUGUACAUCAUGGAGGACACAGAUGUGGAACAGGUGACCCUGGCUCUUCUAGACGCGGCCACUGAUAAAGACUCAGAGGUCCAGGAGCAGGUCAGGAAGUCCAUGUUGACCCUGGGAAAACAGCAGCCAGACAGAGUGUUAGCCAUGUGCCAGGACUACUUGCUGAAACACCCUAAGUUGGUGGUGAGCCACAGAGUUGUGAUUCUUCAGACUAUUGAGCUGAUUGUGGGCUGCAGGAUAGAGGAGAUCAGUAACCCCAGGAUCAAGAGUAUCAUCUCUCUGGCCUCAGAUGAGAUGACACGAUCAAAGGAGGUCAUCCCUGAUUGGCAGCAGGCAGCCAGUAAUAUUUUGGUCGCUGUGGGCAACAAGCACAUCAAUGACAUCAUGGAGGAGAUACUAAGUAAGUUUCAGCCGGGGCUCCUUCCUCACUUCUUCGUGGUCAAGACACUAGCCAACCUUUCAGAUUCCAACGUUUAUGGAAUGGUACCCUUCCUCAAUGCUAUUCUGGGCACCAUGCUGCCAAUGCUGAGCAUGGCCAAACAGGACAACAUGAAGUGGGUCUUCUCUUCAGCUCUGUGUCACUUCAGCGACAGUAUCUUGGAGUACCUCGCCAACCUGGACAAAGCUCCAGAUCCCACAGUCAGGAAGGACACAUUCUCCAGUGAAAUCUAUGCUGCUUUCGACAUCCUCUUCAAUAACUGGUUACAAAGCAGGGAGUCAAAGUUGAGGUGGACAGUAGCGGAGGCGGUGGGCUCUAUGAGCCAUCUCAUGGCCAGUGAUAAACUGGAGGAGCAGAUUCCUAAACUCAUUCCUGCCAUCCUGUCCCUGUACAAGAAAAACAACGAGCACUAUAUCAUUAGCAAGAGUCUGUGCCAAGUUCUGGAUGCUUCGGUCAGCAUGAGCAGCAGAGUGCUGGAGACACAACUGGACAGUUUGCUCUUUGCCCUGCAUCAACAGGUUUCUGCACCAAUAGACUACAGUAACCCUCCUACUGUCAAGAACCACAACGAGGUCCUCCGCUGCUUCAGCUUACUAGCAAACUCCUUCCCAGACCGGCUGGUCAUGUUUGUUCUUCAGAAGUUGGAGAACAGCAAUGAGCGCAGCAGGCUGGGCUCCCUGGCCGUCCUUCGUCACUUCAUCAAUUCCACCACUUCCACAAUGGAGAAUAAGAAGCUGCUGAUUCUGGCCAGCAUCAGACAACCAAUGGCUGACCACAGCAACAAGGUGAAGAAGCGCGUGGUGCAGGUGAUCAGUGCGAUGGCUCAUCACGGCUACCUGGAGCUGGAGGGGGGGGAGCUGCUGGUUCGAUUCAUCGUACAACACUGCGCCUUACCUGACACAUAUCAGAGAGGCCAGAAGCCCGCAGAUCCAGAGGAGGUGACCAACGAGGCUCUGAGGUCGAUGUGCGACAACACCCUGCACCUCCUGACCACCACUGUGGGACGACUCGCUGAUGUGCUGUGGCCGAAGCUGCUGUACUACCUGACCCCCCCUCAGUUCAGCAAUGCCACCACGCCUCUGUGUAAGAGUCUGAUCGUGCUGGGCAGCAAGAAGAAAAGUAACCAGGAGCCCAACUUCAACAUAGACUUUACUGUGGAAGUCAAUCUGCCCUCUCCUCAAACACUAAUGGUCAGGCUGCUGGUGAAUGCAGCGUUCCCGUUCAGCAGCAGAGGUCACGGAGCUCCCUCCCUCUCUCUCCUUCAGAUCCUCAGCAUCAACAUCCACCCCAACACAGAGAUACUCUGGGAAAAAGAGAUACCUCCUCUGCUCUCCAUUUUAGAGGAGUCAACAGCAGAGAGCCUGGAUAAGAAGCAGUGGGGUGAAAAGUUGCUGAAGCUCUUGUCUAAGACGCUGUCUACUAUUGAUGAUGACAAGUGGGUGUGUCAGCUGGCAGCAGAGGCCACGAGAUACCUCUCGACAUAUAACAACGCCUUGGAGGAGAAGAGUUUCCUGUAUCAAUGUAUCGGAGUGACUCUCAAACAGUGUUUCAAUAAGGAAGUGGUUAAAAAGCAGCUGCAAGAAAUGCUCCUCACAGCAAAACACAGUGAUGCCAUCGAAAGAGAGGGAGUUGCAAUGGGGGUGGGUCUGUGUGCCAACAGCCACUUAGAGGGAACUCUGGCCAAACUGGAAGAGUUCGGCAAGUCGGACGCCUUCAAGAAGUCCCCGAGCAUCUUCAACCUUCUCAAAGAACGUAACGAUGUCGAGGUAGAGAAAGUGAAAAGCACAUUAAUCUUGUGUUAUGGUCAUGUGGCGCUGAACGCACCACCGGAGAAGAUACUGACUCGCAUCGAUCAAGACAUCCUCCGCGCCAUCAGCAAACACUUCAAUACCAAGGUUCUGGGGAUUAAAGUAGAGACAAAGGACCUGACUAUGAAACUCAGUUUGGUCCAGAGUGUUGGGCUCAUAGCCAAAGCCAUCAGUGAGUGUGUGAAGAAGAAGCAAGGCUACGUCUUCUCUCGCAAACAGGAGAUCAUCAAUGUCUUGCUGGAUUUCAUCAAGGCAGAGCCAGCUGACUCAUUGAGGACUCCACUACGCCAUCUUGUGAUGACCACCUUUGCCAACCUUAUGCCUCUGGACCCUGCACUCAGUGAGAAUGAGAGCUUCGAACUGCUAAAGGUGUGUGUGAACACUGUGUUCUCUCUGCCACCCGAGAUACAAACUCCAGAGAAAACCAAAGACGAGGAGACACUGGACCCCAAGCAGAGAAAAGCGCUGUACAAAGACACUCUGGCUGCACUGCAGGAUCUGCUGAAAAGUUUUCUGGCCAGGGACCCCACACCUGAUGGCCUGCAGAACAUCUUUAAGCACAUUGAGUCGUGGUUGAGCUCCGGGCAGGACCACGAGAGAGAGAGGUCUGUCAAAGCUAUUUCCCAUCUGCUGGCUUUCUACCUGGACAACCUGAAUGUCAAGAACAUGGUGACUUUCCACAACCUUGGAGCUCUGCUGGGCCGCCUGUCUCCCCGAUGCUCUGACCCUCACCCUGCUGUACGCACCGCUGCUGUGGACUGUAUCUACUCCCUGCUUUACAUUCAGCUGCGCUAUGAAGGUUUCUCCCUAGAUUAUAAGGAUGAAGGUGUGGACAGUCUUUUGCUGCUAAAAGAAAAACUGGAUAACCCUGACCACUCGGUCCUAUAUAAAACCUGCUCCGACCUCACCAAGGUGAUGAGCAAGCGCCUCCCUCAGCAGCAGCUGACCACGCUGGUGUUCAUGUUGUUUGAAGGGCUGGUUGACAGUCAGGCAAACUGCUGCAGAGCCUCGUCUGUCAUCCUCAAUACUCUGCUGAAGAACCGAGGAGGAGGACUGCAGGAGCUGGUCCCAGAGAUGCUGGAGGUGCUACAUGUGCGUCUGCAGAACAUCACAGAGGAGCAGGUGCGAGUGGCAGUGGGACAGACGGUACUAAUCCUGGCUUCUCAGCAUCUACAGACUGUCGUCAAUACACUAGUCAACCAACCACUGCCGUAUGACAGUUGGACCAGUGAGAUGUGGAUGGCCUUGGGGGCGGACCCCAUCGUAGCCAAUCAGAUCAUGGAGAUGGUGAUGGAGAAGCUUCUCAUCAUGGCGCCCUACGUAGACCAGAGGGACUCAAUGAUGAGAGGAGGGACGACGAAGGUGGCAACCAAUCAGCCGCUCGCAAUGACAUGUGGUCUCAAAGAGCUGUUAUUAAAUGGCCAGAGUCAGGAGCCGGCACUCAGCCGGUUCCCUCAGCUCUUCUCCUGUCUCACUGUCCGACUGGGAGCAAGUGUCGGGGUCUCGGCACCGAAGGACAACAACAAUAAACACACUGCCUCCAUCCACGUAGCAGGGGUAGCAGCUGAUGCUCUGCGGAUCUUGUUAGCACGGGCUCAGUUAGAUGAGGUGAUGAAAAGACUGGAUGAGGAUAAAGCCUGGGAUGCAAUGAAGGAAGCAAAUGCACACGUAAUUGGAGUCACACUGCUGGCAAGGGCGAUGGCUAAGCAUGCUGGUCCGAGGCUGCCCUCCAUCGUGGAGUGUCUGUGUCCGUCCCUAAACAACAUCUACGAAUGCCAGAGAGUCACCGUUACUGCUUUCUUUUCUGAGCUGUUAAACCAUCAUGUGGUGACGGAGUUGAUGUUGAUAGAUGUGUUGAUGAACAACAUGAUGGAGAGGAUAUCAGAUCCCUGCUGCACUGUGCGCAUGCUGGCUGUGCGAGGGCUGGGCAAUAUAGCCUCGGGAUCACCUGAGAAGGUGAAUAAAUAUGCCAAGGAGCUGCUGGCAGCCAUGAGCUCAGGCAUGGAGGAGAAAGACGAUCCAGGUAAGCUGAUCACCCUUGAAGCCAUGUCAGGUCUUUCCAAAGUUCUCCUCUAUCUGGACAAGAAGAACGUCCACUUAUUAGUGGUCUAUAUCUUCAUGAAGAUUAAACCAUUCUUGGAAAGCGAAAACGAUGAGAUCCGCUGUGCCUCCAUCCAUCUGAUGGGAAACCUGUCCAAGUUUGGCUCAGGAGAGCCGGUCUUCAAAGACCAGAUCCACAAUGUCCUGGUCAGCCUGCUGUUACACCUGGUGGACCCUAACCCAGAGGUGGUCAAGGCGUGUAAGUUUUCCAUGCGAGUGUGUGCUCCUGUGGUGGGAUCAGAGCAGAUCACCACCAUGUUUCAGAACCACCUCCACGAGGACAAGAGCUUACACUACGGAGAGUUCAUCAACGACCUCACCAAGUACCUGAUUCAGGACUUUCCCGGCAUGCUGAACUUCUAUCACAUCUCCGUCAUCCAGUUCUUCAAGAGCAGCUGGGCGGAGGUCCGGGCCGGAGCCGCCAUGUUUAUAGGGUUUCUACUGGGGAAUCUUCAAGAGGAGCAUUUCUCCCACCUCAACAUGGGCACCAUCACUAAAGGUUUAGUGAUGCUGCUCAAAGAUCCAGAUCCUGUGGUGAGAGUGAAGGCUGCAGAGGCCAUGGGACAUUUCCACUGACACACAGAGACAAAGAGAUGCAUAGCAAUCAUGUGGUGGUAGGGCACCCCUACACAGAAAACAAACUACGAUUAUAUAUUUAUGGUUUAAAUAGUCAAAAAGAAUUAUUUGCAGUAAUUAAAUACAGAAACGUAAUUCAAACCAAAACUAUGACCAAAGCAGGAAUUAUGUGCUGUGAAACUUUACCAAUGUUACAAAAUCAUUUUUAAAAAACACUGAUAAUUCUUAUUCAAACACACAAUGCACAUAUAUUUAGCAUUAGCAGCUUUGUCGAGCCUCUUUUCCCACCUAACUAUGGUACUUGAAAGGAAGUGUCAAUUCGUAGCUAUAUUUUAGUGACCAAAGACUGUUGCUGUAUACAGAUCACAUUUAUUUCCUGUAGUGUUUAGCGUUCAGUCUGAGCGACAAUACCAGAGAUAUACUGUGUUCUUUCAAAGAAAUCUACCAAGAUGUUUCUAAUGAUAACAUGCAUGACAACAUUUCCAUAUGUGUGGUCAUACCAGCAAAUACAUUACAGUGUAUUUAAUGUGAGUUUUAGUUUCAGACAAUCUCUUUUCAAAAUGUUUUAGAGUGAAACACCAACAAGAUUCAUCCCUACACUCCAUUAAAACUCAAUGAAGCAUUUUAGGUCUAUUAAAUGGAUUGUUACGUUGAGUAAAUGAUGUUGAGGUCUAUAAUAGAGAACACGCUGAAUGCACUAGAACUACAGCAGGGCUUUCAUUUGUUUUAUGUUUUGGAAUUGUUUGUGAAAGAUAAAAAACUGGAUGGUACGAUGUAAUCGCUAUGUCCAGCAGUUCAGAUCAUCUAGCAGAUUUUGACAAAUCAGACAGCAAUAACCCAUCAGUAACUACCUUUUACUUUUAUAACCAACCAGAACAGGGUUAGGACAUUUAAGCUUUUUAACCCCACGGACAUGUUGGUGCCAAGCUUCCAUUUCCAAGCCAUAAGCUCAAACUUCGCAAACUUCCUGAAGUUGGAAUCAUUGCGCUCCAUAUUUUCAUUCCACAUAAGACAGCUAUUAGUUUAAUACACACAGUUGAACUUUUGAUUCUAUUUCCCAUAAUGGGUCGGUAAGAAAGCCCUUUUUUUUGUACCCUUUUUUUUUUUUCAGUGUCAUUAGUGUUUGUUGUUGCAACACUCAUUUUGGCCACAGGUGGCUGGAGUGCACCACUACUCUAUAUUUUGAAAGUGCUAAAAGUUAUUAAAAUGCAUUUCUGGUAAGUUCAAUAACUUGCAAAUACACAAUACAUGAAAUUCUAACUCGCCUAGAAAAAAAAGUGCUGCUUUUAGACCUUUUUAAAAGAUGUCCCCCUCUUGUGGGUGAAAUUAAUAUGACAACAUUAAUCACUUUAUACGAUCUGCUUUCUCAGUUUAAAAAAAUAAACUAGUGAAUGCUUAUUGCCAUAACAUUUAUUUUAGGAGGGAUUAUACCUUUUCAUAAUUACAAUUUAGUUUACAUUUAGGAUUAUUUAUAUGCGAGGUGAUCAUUUUGUUCAUUUUUAGACAGGCCAGCCUUCCAGACCUAACUAUUCACAAACCAGUACUUCCAAAUCAGAGCCGCCAUGAAAAGAGUCAGUGCCAAAUGUUCAUUACAUAAUUUAUAACCGGACCAGAUAGAUGCUGUGAAAGAUUUUCUCUCCCACAUGCUGUUGUUUCCAUAUAAUUCUUCCAUUAAAUGUUUGACUUUGUACAGUUUCAGGCAACAGUUGUUGGUUUGCAGGCCUCUUAAUAUCUUACUAUGUAAAUAAAUGUGUGAGCGUUAUACUCUGUAAGGAUGUUUAUACAUGUUACCUUUUAUGUCUGCAAAUUCAUUCACUCGAUAGACAACAAAGAGUGAUGCAAAAUAAUCAUAAUGCAUUUUUAAUUGAAUUUCAUCUAGAGACAAAUGUCCAAUACAGAGUCAGGUACAAUCAAUGCAUUGUUUGUUCCAGGUUAAUGAUAAUAUCUAUGUCUGAAAUGUUUCUGUUGCACUUUUAAGCUGUCAUGUAGUCCCUGAUUUAAGAACUAAAAGGCAAAAAUCAUAAAUCCUCAAUAGCAAAACAUGUGGAAAGCAUCUCUAUAUGUUUGCCAUAAGAUACCUUUUGGUAUUCUGGUUAUUUAAGACAGCAAUGUUUUCCCUAAUGUGACAAGUUCUUUGUGGUUAGAGAACAGAGCGUACAAUAGGCUGCUCCUGGAUCAGUAUUCGUUGCACUAGAUGUUCUACAAAACAGGGACUCGUGGCUUCUAGCACUUUCUAACACUGGCUUGGUUAAGGGGUGAAUGGUAAAUAGUAAUAAUAAAUGUUAUGAGUUUUAAAAUAUGUUAUUGACUUUAUACCACUGAUAUGAUUAUCUCAUGUUUUUAUUAACAAGUUGAAUGCUGUAAAUGUAUGUGUAUGACACAUGUUACUGGACCAGAAGAGUGUGGAUGUUGGCAAUCAAAUGUAUUUAAAAUGAAGAAAGAAACAUAUCCAUCAAAAAUAUAACUGCUGCAUUUUUUCUUUGCGUGUUAAGUGUAGUUUUCUCUGUCCACACGGGCGUAGUCAAGAGCAAUGUAUUGUAAUCUUUCAUUAAAAAUGCUGUUUCAACUUC